AAGCAAAGCAAAAAACUAUUCAUUUCCUACACGCUUCCUUCGAUGAGGCGCUAGUAUGAAGCUAUUAGCGACCUUCAGAGAACUGUUGAAGUCAAGAGGUGAUCCGAGGUACUUUGCUAGUUUGGCAGUUCGUAUGUAGCGUUGAAUACAGGGUCGUGCGUUGGAUGUGUGAUAUUUUCGAGCGGGAAUUUAAAUUUAACUUAUCUGCAGCAGUUUUACCGGAAACUAAUCCCUAUUUUACUCUUCCAGAACGAUUGUAGUUUACCUUUACUGAUGUUUCAUUUAUUUAUUUCGGAAUAAUAAUAAUGAAUUUAGUUUCAAUUCCCAUUACUAUAGAGUUUCACAAACCAGCUCAACGUCAUUACCAAAUAUCGCAUACUUUUUAAAACGCUGUUCAGCCAUUUUAAUAGUUUUGUAUUUGAGUGCACCUUGAGUUCCAUGGCUACCAGGUUCAUAUCUUGAUUUGCGAUUCGAUAAUCAAUACGAUUUUUGUGUAUAUUCAAUUAUAUUUAUCUGGAGGCCAUGGCUAUCAUAUAUAAUCAUAUAUAUGUAAUAAAAAAGUGCUCGUGUUUACUCUUAAAGUUGACUUAAAUUUAUGUUGAGAUUUUGCAUUCGUUUUGGUUUGUAAAUGGGUCUGAACAUGUCUCUGCAACAAAGAAACAUGGACAAAUCGAGUAAGUUCGCACAGUUUUUUUUAAUAAAUAAAAAAAAUCUAGAAAUAUUGCCAUUGAACAACUAAUGUCGCAACAUGUUUAAUCCCAGAAUAAAUGUUAAAAUGACAACGGCUUGGAGUAUUGGGGCCCUUACUUAGUAGGGAAGCUGAAAGUGUUAACUUGUCUGUUGUUGUUAUUUUUUAUCAAUACUAGAGUCUUCUACUUCUUCUUCUUGCAACAACAACCACUGUCCGUCAAGGCCUGCCUGUACCACUAGUGGGUGUGGCAUUCAGUGAUUCAUUGAUAACCCAUAGCAGGAUUGUAAGUCCUGCGUAAGGGGGCACGGUCUAUUUGAGGCUUGAACCCAUGAAGGGCAUAUUGUUAAGUCGUGUGAGUUGACGACUGUACCACAAGACCGGCGAAUACUACAUUACGCAUACAAAAAUUAAACAGUUCCAGCACUUGCUGACUCCGCGGACAACAAUUGCGUUUCACUCGUAACCGUCAUUUUGAACGAAUCACGCGAAGCGUUUUCUGAAGCGUUCCGCCAUCCGUUCCUCCAAUACCGCAGACCCGGUUUGUUUACAACGAUGACAUUUCCAGUGCGUGCAGAUGUAAACAAUACCAUUCCUGUAGCGUCCAAAUGGAUUCCGGUACACACUCUUUUUCAACGGUCUGCCGAUUUUGUCUCUGCCGGGAUGAGGAUAAACUGAUACCUCUGUCGAUACUAACCGAUAAAUCACUUACCAUUCACGAUAUGGAACUGUUUACCGGUAUUCAGAAUCUAAAUGACCAUCCUUACCUCUAUAUGGUGUGCGAAGAGUGCGACAGUACGGUGAAUAAGUUUGUUGCCUUUCGUGCGCUAUGCGCUAAGACUGAUGAUUACUUCCGGAAGCUCGUUACGGAAGCACUUGCAGAAAAUGACGAAACGCAGGCUCCUCCCAACGAGACCGCCAUUGUGGGUGAAACGGAGGUACUACAUAAUCAGCUGGAAGAGAGUGAAACAGUAACAAGCCUACGUGCUGCUGCCAAAGAAGGCAAGCAGACCGUGGCAGAGGAUACGGGCAAGAAGCUUUGCGACAUAUGCGGUGCCUUUGUAGCGGAGCUGAACGGGCACCGGCGCGUCCACACGAAGGAAGCACCGUACGCCUGCGACUACUGCAGCAUUAGGAUGACACACAAGUCCAAUCUGCUGCGGCACAUCGACUCGGUACACCUGAAGCGCAUCAUCAAGCGCUGCGAGCAGUGCGACAAGGGGUUCACCAGCUACUUUUCCUACGGUUCACACAUGCGCUCCCAUCACUCGACGGAGAAGAAGUACGAGUGUAAAACGUGCUGCAAAAAGUUCAACCACCACAGCAGCCUGUGGCUCCACAACAUUCGCACACACCAGGACGAAAGAAAGUACAAAUGCACGACCUGUGGCCUGCCCUGGAAGACGAAAGAGUCGCUAAGGACGCAUGAACGAUCGCACUCGUCGGAGCAACCGUACGCGUGCCAGCAUUGCCCGAAGCGAUUCAAAACCCGGUACGGCUGGAAGUCACACGAGCUAACGCAUACCGGCAUCGUGUUCAGCUGCCAGCUGUGCGACAAAACCUUCCGCUACAAAACCCUCAUCAAUGCGCACAUCCGCAAGGCGCACCCGGAGGCGUCGGCGACGAGCAGCUAAAGGAUGUAAGUGGCACACCUUCUCCCUGUCAAUGAAUUGUACAAACAGUCGGUUUGUAAAACAUGAUGCGACGGGCUGGAAUGCUCAUCUGCCACCCCCGCCAAAGGCAGCCAUCGCACACAAUUUAUUUCUCCCGUCGCGUUACUGGACGCCCUCGUAGCGCUUUCUGUGCUUGUGCCGCACGGUCUUACAGGAAAAACAGGGCCGUCUUGACCGCCAUGUACGCGGUGG